AAGCAGAAAAAUAUGUUUUGCAGCUUUGUAGAGUUAGUAUGCUGGAAGAGUGCUCUUCAGCACACAGAUUGCCGCCAGAAACGGACAAGUGCUCGGUUGAAAGGACAGGCUCUUUAUUGUUCAAAGUUUCUUUCAAGUAAUCGCAGUUCGGCUUUCAUUUCCUUUUCUGGUUUUAGAAGAGAUAGUGCUCCUAUAUUACAGUUUAGGUUGAAGAAAGCUCGAAGUCGAUUCUUGGUCGUCUGUGAGGACAAAAGGGAGUUCGAUUAUGACGUCGCCAUUAUCGGGGCAGGUGUGGGAGGUCAUGGUGCUGCAAUGCAUGCGGUUGCCAAUGGUUUGAAGACUUGUAUCUUUGAAGCGCAUGAGAUUGGUGGUACUUGUGUGAAUCGUGGUUGUGUGCCGUCAAAAGCUUUGUUAUCUUCCUCUAGGAGGAUCCGUGAGUUGAGUGAUAGACAGCAUCUUCGGUCCUUAGGAGUUGACGUUGCCAAUGUUUCUGUUGAUCGACAAGCUGUAGCUGAUCAUGCACAAGGUUUAGCUAACCGCAUACAAAGAAAUCUUGGCAAUUCCCUGAAGGCCUUGGGUGUUGAAGUUAUCCAUUCUCGAGCCAAAUGCAAGUCUUCCCAAGUGGUUGAGUUGGCAAAUGGAGAAACAAUAAGUGCGAAAGAUAUUAUUUUAGCUCCUGGUUCUGUUCCCUUUGUUCCACCUGGCAUUGAAGUUGACGACAAGACUGUGUUUACUUCUGAUCAUGCAUUGAAAUUGGAAUGGAUACCUUCUUGGAUAGCUAUUAUUGGUAGUGGCUAUAUUGGAUUGGAAUUUAGUGAUGUGUAUUCUUCUUUGGGAGCUGAAGUUACUUUUGUAGAAGCUCUACCCAAUCUCAUUCCAGGCUUUGACCCUGAGAUAUCAAGAGUUGCAAACCGUUUACUUAUUCAGGAUCGACCCAUCGAGUACUAUACUCAUUCACUAGCCACCAAAAUAGUACCUGGGAAACCUGUUCAUGUGGUAUUAUCAGAUGCUCAUACAAAGAUGACUAGUCGUGAAUUGCAAGUAGAUGCUGUUCUUGUAGCUACUGGAAGGAAACCAAAUACUCAGAACAUAGGCUUGGAAACAUUCGGAGAGGAACUCGCUCGAGGUGGAUUUAUUCCUACCAAUGAAUAUAUGCAAGUAAUGAAAGGUGAUCAAGUUAUUCCUCACAUUUAUUGUAUUGGAGAUGCUAAUGGAAAAAUGAUGCUUGCACAUGCAGCUUCCAUGCAAGGAAUUUCAGCUAUUGAGAACAUUAUGGGAAAUCGUCAUCGUGUCAAUCACCGUGCUAUACCUGCUGCAUGUUUUACGCAUCCCGAAAUAGCUUAUGUUGGAUUGACAGAACCUCAAGCGAAGGAAGAGGCAUCUCAACAUGGCUUCAAGUUGGAAAAGAGCGUUGCAUAUUUUCGAGCCAAUUCCAAAGCUUUAGCAGAAAUGGAAGGAGAAGGAAUGGCGAAAAUCCUAUUCAAUCGAGAAACUGGAGAGUUAUUAGGUUGUCAUAUGAUAGGUAUUCAUGCUUCGGAUUUGAUACAAGAAGCAGCCAAUGCCAUUGCUAAUCAUACUAGUGUUUAUGAUUUAUCAUAUUGUGUUCACACGCAUCCUACGUUGAGUGAAGUUUUGGACGAAGCCUUUAAGGAUGCAAGGCGAAAGACCUUGUCUAGAACAACGAGUUCUUCUAGGGUAUAAUAAAGGAACCUCAAUUAUCAUCAUA